AUGUGCGCCUCUCCAGCAUCGCCGAGGUACGAGGGCGAAUGGCGGAACGACUACAAGCAUGGUCAGGGGGAGGAGUUCUACUCUGAUGGAGGCCGCUACACCGGAGGCUGGGUGGAUGGGAAGAAGUCGGGGGAGGGCACCUUCCGCUGGCUGGACGGCUCUGAGUACAAGGGCACGUUCCAUGACGACCUCUUCCACGGCCAGGGAAAGCAGCGAUGGGCCGAUGGUCGCGCCUACGAGGGCCAGUGGGAGGCCAAUCAGAUGCAUGGUUCCGGCCGCUUCAAAUGGCCGGAUGGCCGCACCUACCAGGGCCAAUACGUCCAGGGACUGAG